AUGGACAGAAUACUGGAGAGCCCUCCCUUGGCGGCCCUCAAGCCCUGUCUCGACCAGCUUCCUUCAAUCCCUCAAUUCGUUGUCGGCGCCCUGGCUGGUGUCGGCGCCCUGGUCCUGGCAUUGAAGCUUGUCAGCUUCACUCGACUUUUCUUGAGCAAUUUUCUUCUCUCCGGCGUCAACCUUCGAAAGUAUGGCCGAGCUGGGUCGUGGGCCGUGGUGACUGGUGCCUCCGACGGCCUCGGCAAGGAAUAUGCCUCUCAGCUGGCUGCCAGAGGCUUCAACCUUGUCCUCGUAUCCCGAACCAAGACCAAGCUUGAAACGCUAGCCAAGGAGCUCGAGCAAAAAUACAUUGGCAGAGGCCUCCAGAUCAAGAUUCAUGCCAUGGACUUUGCCCAAGAUGACGAUGCCGACUACGAGCAAUUGGCCGAGCUUAUCCGUGCUCUUGACGUCGCAAUCUUGAUCAACAAUGUUGGACAGAGCCACAGCAUGCCUGUGUCUUUUCUCGAGACCCCCAAGGAAGAGCUUCAGAACAUUGUUACCGUCAACUGCUUGGGAACCUUGAAAGUCACUCGGGUGGUUGCUCCCAUUCUCAAGGAACGCAAGCACGGUUUGAUCCUGACCAUGGGCUCAUUUGGUGGUUGGACUCCCACUCCUUAUCUGGCCACGUAUUCCGGCAGCAAGGCUUUCCUUCAGCAGUGGAGCAAUGCGCUCUCCUCUGAGCUUGCGGAUGACCAUAUCGAUGUCUACCUUGUUCUGAGCCACCUAGUGACCACUGCCAUGAGCAAGGUACGCCGUCCCAGCCUUCUCGUGCCCAAUGCUCGCAACUUUGUCAAGUCAGCCCUCGGCAAGGUUGGCCUUGGUGGCUACCAAACCGCCCCAAACACAUAUACACCUUGGUGGAGUCACUCUUUCAUGCUGUGGUUGAUCGAGAACAUUGCCGGCGUCAACAGCCCAAUUACAAUCUGGUACAACAAGAAGAUGCAUGUGGAUAUCCGAAAGCGAGCUCUUCGCAAGCAAGCCCGCGAGGGCAAGAAGCAGUAG